AUGGUUGCGAUAGAUGCAAUUAAAUCUUCUAAUGCUGCUGCUAAGGCAAAGCUACCACUAGGGCUCGUUGCACUCUUUGUUGGCGCAACCAGUGGUAUCGGUGAACACACCCUCCGCAACUUUUACCAAACCGCCCCAUCUCCACGAGUAUACUUCGUAGGCCGUUCACAAUCCUCUGCGGACCGUAUAAUCGCCGAUCUAAAGCCAUUGAAUCCAGAUGGUCACCUCGAAUUCAUCCAAGCCGAUGCUACACUCAUCAAGAAUGUCGACGAAGUAACCCGGAAGUUUCUCGAGAAAGAGAAGGAGUUGAACGUACUCGUCAUGUCACAAGGAUAUUUAACAUCUGAGGGAAGAGUUGAAACCACUGAAGGAUUAGAUGCAAAGCUCGCAUUGAACUACUUCUCCCGUGCGAGGUUGAUACAAAAUCUACUUCCUUCGCUGUCCGCGGCAGCUAAAUCUUCUCCGUUCGGUGCUCGUGUCCUCUCGGUUCUUUCCGCGGGGAACGGAGAAGGGAAAAUUAAUUUCGAUGAUUUCGAGCUCAAGAAGACUUUCUCUCUGCGGAACGCUGGGGUAAUGGCUACCACCUCAAAUUCGGCUAUUGUGAAGUAUUUGGCAAAGGAGCACUCGAAUAUUGGGUUUAUACAUGCCUUCCCGGGUGGUGUAGAAACGAAUAUUAUGGAAGCUGCACAUUUCCAUCCUAUUGCAAAAUGGACGGCUAGGAUCUUAAUGCCACUGGCGAGGCCGUGGAUGUUUACUCAAGAGGAGAGCGGUCAAAGACAUUUCUAUUUGACGACAAAUGAGAAGUUUAAGGCCGGAGGUUGGUUGACGGAUAGUAUGAAUGAAGAAUCGAGUUCGGCGCAGAAGUUUGUGGAUAAAGGAUUGUCUGAUGAAAAAGUUGGGGAGAAAGUCUGGAAGAUGACGCUCGAGGUUUUUGAGAGGCUUGAAAAGGAGAGGACUGCUUAG